UGUCAGCGACUAUGGUUGAGAAAACGAGUGAUCAAAUUUUAGUUUUAGGCUUGAUUAAAUGCACGAAGGAAGGAAACUAUGACGGUUGCAAGGAUGUAAUGUCAGAGAUUAAAGAAACAGACAACUGGCAAACCCAUUAUUAUGACAAGUCCGGUGAUUCGAUUGGUAUUUUGGCUGCCAGAUGGGGACAGACGAAAAUACUGAAAUAUCUUUAUGAAGACCAUGGACUUUUCCUGGAGCUGUCAAACUUCGAUGGUAAAAGACCACUUCACGAGGCAGCCCAGUUUGGUCACUUAGAGACCUUGAAGUUUCUCCUGUCAAGCGGGGUUGAUGUCAAUUGUUUAAAGCGAGCUGAUUGGACUCCAUUGAUGUUGGCGUGCACUAAGAGUAACAUUGAUAUUGUAAAAGAGCUCAUAGAAUGCAAUGCUGACCUUCUCAGAAAGAACAAAGAUGGAUGGAAUUGCUUCCAUGUGGCCUGCAGAGAGGGUCAUCCAGAUAUUUUGCAUCUUUUGCUCAAUAGCAAUCCUAACAUUGGCUGCACAGUCAGUAAAAAUGGGCGGACACCUCUUCAUACCGCAGCUCUGCAAGGCUGUAAAGAUGCUGUAGAGGUUCUUCUGACCCAAUGCAACUAUGACUCAGAUGAUCAGGACAGUUGUGGUACCACACCAUUCAUGGAUGCCAUCAGAGCUGGAUACACAGAUGUUGCAAAACUCUUGGUGGAAAAACAAAAGGUUGAUAUAUCAAUGAGAGACAACUUGCAUCGUCAACCAGUCCACUUAGCUGCUGAAUGUGGCCAGUUAGGAUCUAUGGAGUUCUUGGUACUUGAACAUGGCAUAGAUCUGAACUCAAGAACUGACAAUGGGACUACACCGCUUCAUUUUGCUGCAAAAGAAGGCCAUGAAAAGAUGCUGGAACUUCUUUUAAAGCUUGGCUCUGAUAUCACUGCAGUGGAUUACAAAAAUCGAACAGCACUUCAUAUGGCCAGUGGAGGACAAUACGUGAUGUGUGUUAAACUACUAUUAAAGGCUGGUGCCAUGGACACAAUGGACUCUAAUGGGCAAUUUGCAAGAGACUUAGCAAGGAAACCAAAUGUUAAAGACUGUUUCAAUUACUCAAAGAUUUCAUGACAAAAACAAGGAUUUUCCAUCUUUCUAAAUAAUCAUGAAUUUAUUCGAAGCAAGAGACAUUUGCUCACGUUAGGAAAGCAGAUGUGUGUGUAUAGGAACAUUAUUGUAAUAAAAUAAAUGAUGAGG